CCCCCCCCCCAUGUCACGGCAGAAAUUGAGAGCCAGAAAAGCUAAAAGGAGCGGGCCAGUUUGACCACUGCAACAUCAUUUCUCUCCUAAGCCAUUCGUCGAUCCAGCCAGCACCAACCCACUGGUCCGCCAUGGGCUGCAGGUGUUGACAGCCCGUUUACCCCAACCAUCGGGUGGAGGUUCAGUGGCAGGGGGGAUCUGUGGCCGGGCCGGACCCACCAAUUCCACCAAUUCCACCCAUCCCACCACCGGCCAAGAUCUCGAGAUGGCAGUUCUGCGUGUUCGGUUCACCAAGGAGAAGCGUGUAAAGCUGGCUCAGAUCCUCUGGAUCCUCAACUGGAUCUCCGUGGUGUCAGGUCUGCUGCUCUUCAGCCUGGGCACCGUCUUGAAGGUGGAGUUGCGCCGGCGUGCGGAUUUAAUGGUGGAGGGCGGCGCGGGACUUCACGGCCUCCCCAACCUCCUGCUGGGCGUGGGCCUCCUGGCCUGCGCCAUAAAUCUGCUCGGAGGCAAGAUCUGCCACGACUUUGCGACGGCCGACUCGGCCAAGGUGUCCCGCUGGCGCCUCGUGCUGCUGCCCUACACGGUGUGCACGCUCGUCUUCACCGCGUGCCUGCUCGCCGGCGGGCUCAUGUGCUACGGGGCCAGCGGGGCCCUGGACGGCGCCCUGCGGGCCGGCCUGCGCAAUGCCAUGCACUACUACCGCGACACGGACGUGCCGGGCCGCUGCUUCAUCAAGCGCAGCAUCGACCUCCUGCAAAUGGAGUUCCACUGCUGCGGGAACAGCGGCUUCCGCGACUGGUUCGAGCUGCAGUGGAUCAGCGUGCGCUACCUGGACAUGGCCUCCAAAGACGUGCGCGACCGUCUCAAGAGCAACGUGGAUGGCAAGUUCCUUGUGGACGGGGUCCCCUUCAGCUGCUGCAACCCCAACUCCCCGCGCGCCUGCAUCCAGCAGGGCAUCACCAACAGCUCCGCGCACUACAACUACGACUACCUGAGCGAGGAGCUCAACCUGUGGAUGCGAGGCUGCCGCGAGGCAUUGCUCGAGCACUACACGGGCAUCCUGGCGUACGUCGGGCUCACCGUGCUGCUUGUAUGGCUCUUCGAGCUCUCUGUGCUCGUGGGCGUGCGCUACAUGCAGACGGCCAUGGAGAACGCACUGCUGGCCGGAGAUCCGGACUGUGAGUGCGAGGGCUGGCUCCUCGAGAGCGGUCUCGCUGAGACCGCACGCUCCAACUUCAACGUCAUCAAGAACCUGGGCAAGUCCAACCAGAUCGACUCCGUCAUGGGGAAGGAAGAUCCCAACUUGGAUGUUCCUGUGCCCCCCGUGCCUGCACACUAUGGGCCCAGGGAUGGUGUGGCCGUCACUGGAAGACACAUUCCCCUCGACAGCUGAAUCACUUGCCCAUGUCCCCCGGCUUCUCCCACCUGUAUAGAUGGUGCAACCCAUCCUGAUCUCCCCCGCUCUGCUCCUCCCAACCUCUUGGCUGACAUUAUCUUUGCAAAUUACUCGAGGGCUCUGAGGCUGCGAGGUGGCUGGGAGAUAGCAUUGCACCCGUAGGUUCGUGAAUCCAUCUGGGCAGAGUUACUGUAUUGUUUUGUAAAAAAGCUGCUUAGCUCAAUGGGCCUUACCAGCUGAAAUAAAAUCUGAGUUGGCAUGGAUUUUCUUUAGGUAUGGUCUAUUCUCCUGGAACACGUGUGUUUUUUGUAUAACGUGAAGUGGAUAUAACGCCAUGAAUUUACGAGGGAACACAAUUUUUAUAAUGUGGAUGUGAAUUGGAUAAAACGCAAUCGAGUGAACGGAACUAUGUCAUGCGAAUAGGAAUAAGCGGUCGUACGGCAGCCUCGGCGUAGCAUCAUCACACAAGGUGGGAUGCUGCUGGAUGCUUCUAGAUGCUACCCACACGUCUCAGUCUUUGUUCAGCCUACAUACGCAUCUCAUGUGUUAUCACGGACUGUGCUUUACCCCUCAAUUAUAUAUGAUUUACUCCUCUUUGGGUCUAUCGGUAAAGUCACGUAGAUAGAAAAAUCACGACGUUUUGAUCGCAACACAAGCAAUCGUCUUCAGGUGAAAAAAUACAGCAGGUGAACUGCUGAGGCAGGAGAAAUAUAGCGAGAUAAUUACAGCAGCAAGAGGUUAUAUAGGUUUGAGAUGGGUACAACCCAAGGGUCAGUAGGCGGGGCUAGAGAUGGAAUUUACUAGUAAUAUACCUCGGCCAUUGUAUCGCUAGAGAUUAGCAUGUCAAUGUGUUAAUGUAACCCCACGACUACGGUGCUGAAGAAGCCAUUGUAUUGCUCGAGAUUAGAGAUUAGCAUUUCAAUGUGAGAUGGCUCCCGCAGCAGCGGCUGUAUUAAUGAGACACAUUCAGCCUAUUAAACAACGAGAGCCACUGCCACAUCGAGGAAAAGGGAGCAGCAGCGAUGUUAGUGAGACAUUUAGCCUGUUAAUGUAAAGACAUUUGACAAGGUAAUGUAACUCAGAGAGUCGGAACUAAUUCUUAAC